GGGGGGAGGCCGGGGGGUUGUUGUCACUGUCGCCUCCGCCGAAAACACAGGCCGGUCGGUGCCCUGUCCCGCUGCCGGCGGAAUGGCCGCAAGAGGGACGGUGGAGCAGCCGGUUACGCAGAGGGCCCGAGGGGUGGGCAGAAGAGGAGAGGCGGCACAGCCGCACGGGGAGGGGGGUCGUCGGGGGCGGGUACGGAUCUCAGUCGCAGUGACAGGGUAGAGUUAUAUUACAUAUGAAUAGAUAGUACACAUUUGGCGAGAACUAUAGACAGGGAUGAAGCCAGCAGAAACAGCACCCGAAAGUGAUCGGCUUGUGUGGAAAUCAAGUAACUGCAUAUUGGAGCUUCUCUCAUACCCUACAAUUUCAGAAGGUGCCGGCUCGCAUGCGGAACAGACAAGCGGCACCAUUGUAGGGAAUGGGAAAAGCUGGAAUACAGCACUUACAUGACGUAUGCGUUCUGUGUUCUGAUCGGUACUUGCUGGGUGUGUGAGAUCGUGACUGCUGCGGGGGACGCUGCUACCAUGAUGAAGGCAUCGGGGACGGUUAGCCGGCGUGCUCCGCCUUGCAUUCUCCAAAGACGCAGCCGGUCCCGGAAAGUCCGGAAGCUGCUGCUUGUGCGGUGUUUGUUUUCUGUAAGCAUGCUUGUAGGGUAUGAGAAAAGAUUGACUCUGCGUAGUGAGAUGAAGCGGACACGUAGCGCUGACUGGAGGCGGUGCCGGCGGCGGCGUGUGGUCGCCGCCAGCGUGGCUGCCGCCAGCCGUUGGCUCCUUAGCCAACGGCAAGGACCUCUGGAUCAGCGGGAGGAAGCAGUGUGGUGGGAAGCGGGGGGAAAAGCGAUUGGUUGUGAACCGGCCAGGGCAAGCAGCCCAGAUCGUAAGAAAAAGAAAAGAAAAAACAUUACUGCGCCAGCGGAUGCGGGGCCUUUUAUAGCAGGUGAGGGAGGAACACGGCACGGCAGAACACGACACAACCCGAGACACCACGGACGAAGCCAGACGGCGCCCGCAGACGCUCUGGAAGCUUGCUGGAGCGUGUCAGAAGCACGCAUGCAUGCACGCAGAGCCGGGCAGAAAGGCAGUCCAACAAGGCAGACCCAGUGCUCUCUCGAUCCAGCGUUGGCCCAGAUCGGAAGGCCAAGAAAGGCAAUCUGGCCCUCCCUUUGUGGAACGCACUCGGCGGCGUGUGCUCGCAACUGGCGACUGUUGUUGACGCAUCCCGGCGCAUGCUGGCCCCCCGCGGGCCGCCAUCGUGCACAUCGUGCACAUCGUGCACGCCAGCACACCCGCCCCCUGCAAUCUCCAACAAUAACGCCCACAGACAAUGGCCCGACGAUAACGACAACAUGCUCCUGCUGUACAACGCACUCCCUCACCGCGGCAUGGUUGGCCCGCACCCAAAGGCGCACGCCUCCAGACUCCUCCACUGGUCGUGGGGAGUGCAGCCCACACCACAGCGUACCGCCACUGCCACUGUACAAAACGCCGCCGGCCGCACCGCACCGCAGAGCACCGCGCUCCGCUGCAGAGGGCCAACGGUCUGAGAGCGAGAACAAUAUCGCCCUGCAGGGCCGACGGCUUUUAGUCCUGCUUCCGGCCGGCUCCCUUUAGUACCACAACAAAACCUUAUGUGUUGGGGGCGAGGGGCAAGGGACUGGCCGGGCCGGGGUCCC